CAUAAGGGUGCGACGUACUCUUGCUUCUGUUGUGAUUCGGCUGAAGAAGAUUAGUGUUUGUAAAGUGUUUAAUUCAAAGCUAUCCAUUCAGAUGGCGUUUAUUAAAGUGGAGAGUGAAGACAUGAGGACUGAAGAAACAAUUCUAGUAAAACAUGAAGAAACUGAGGAACAAACAAAGAUGGCGUUUAUUAAAGAGGAGACUGAAGACAUGAAGAUUGAAGAAACAUUCAAAGUUCAAAGAGUGAAAAAAGAAGAUCCCGAGGAACAAACAGACCUGACAGCGCUGAAAGAGGAGAGUGGAGUACUGAAUGAAACGGAGGAGAAGGACCAGUAUAAUUUCACAACUGGAGAAAACUUGUUUAGUUGUUCAAAGGCUAAAAUGACUUCCUCACAAAAAAGAGCUAAAAAAACCCAAACUAACUUCACCUGCCAGCUGUGUGGAAGGAGUUUCAAGAAAAAAGGAAACCUGAAAACCCACAUGAGAGUUCAUAAGGGAGAGAAGCCUUACACCUGCCCUCAGUGUGGAAAAGGUUUUACUCAAACGGGAAGCUUUAACAGGCACAUUAGACUUCACAAUGGAGAAAAGCCCUUCCCCUGCAAACUCUGUGGGAAGAGUUUCACGACAGAUCUAAACCUAAGGUAUCACUUGAACAGUCACACUGGAGAGAAGCCUUUCACAUGUGAUCAGUGUGGAAAGAGUUUGGGACACAAGGUAACCCUUAAACUGCACAUGAGGCUUCACUCAAAAAAGACCUGUUUUAAGUGUCAUCAGUGUGGGGUGAGAUAUAAAGACAGUAAACACCUUGAGAAUCAUGUAAUAAGUCACACUGGAGAGAAGCCUUUCAUGUGCUAUCAGUGUGGGAAGGGUUUUACACUGAAAGGAAACCUGCAGACUCACUUGAGGAUUCACACUGGAGAGAAGCCUUUCACUUGUCCUCAGUGUGGGAAGAGCUUCACACUCAAUGGAAACCUUCAGACUCACAUGAGAAUUCACACCGGAGAGAGGCCUUUCACGUGCCAUCAGUGUGAAGGGAGUUUCACGUAUAAAAGAGACCUGAAGCGUCAUUGGAAAAAAUGUUGUGGAAACACAUCGCAGUGUUCCUCAGCGUAGCAAGAUGCUUAGAAAAAUUAGUGAUUUCAAAGUCAUUUGCACGCACAAAGGCAGGGGGCAAUUUAAUUGGGAUUAUUGUAAUACAUUUUUUUUUUCACACUUUAUAUUAGUAUUCAAUUUUCACUAUUCUCAUUAAGGCAUUAAUAUGUGCUUUAUAAGUACUAAUAAACUGAAAAUAUCCUAGUUAUUGACAGACAAUAUUCUAGUAAAAUGCAUGCUAAUAAGCAACUAGUUAA